AUGCAUCAGCUGCUCGAGCAAUUCUUGAAGUUAAAGCCUCCUAAGUUUGAUGGGAAAGGCAAUCCCGAGGCUGCUUCUCUUUGGACGGAAGAGUUAGAGAAGGCUUUUGCAAGGAAUGCAAAUGACUGGUGGAAAGCCACUCGGGGUAGAGUGUUCCCUGCUGGCACGACCCAGACUUGGACGGCUUUUAUUGAGGCCUUCAAUGGGAAGUUUUUCUCGGAGAGUGCUCGGGAACAAAAGUUUGCUGAAUUCCUAAGGCUUCACCAAGGUCAGAUGACGGUGGACCAAUAUGAGGCAGAAUUUGCAAGGUUGUCAAAAUUUGCACCAAGGAUGGUGGAAGACCCGGUGGACAAGGCCCGGAGGUUCCGAGAUAGACUGAAGCUGGACUUCCGCAAUCAGCUUAUACUUAUAAAUUUAAGGGAUUAUAACGAGAUGUAUGAGAGGGCGCAGGCAGUGGAACGAGACAUGAUGGAUAGGGCUGCUGCUUCUGGGUAG